AAAUUCGUAAAUAAUUGUUUCUUUAUAAAAAUGUACGAAUGUCAGAACCGAACGGACGUACGGCGGCCAGUGUUUGUGUCUACGUGGGUAGAUGAUUAGGUUUUGAGACACGGCCAUAGAGUCCAGUGACAUGCGUGCUCGGUGCAUGCGUGCUGCUGUAGUCAGUCAGUGACGUUCUUGUCCCAGAAUGCUGCCUGGUAAACAGACAUGGAAGCACCUGGUGAAGACCUCCACAGUCACUGAGCACUGUACACGCUCUUUGAACUGAUCUUCAUUGUCAAUACACACUAAAGCCUGCGCCUUCGUUAUCGUUGGAGCUCGACCGGGACCUCUGAAGUCCAGGGCAUUGAUUCACUCACCAGCUUGUGUGGCAGUCUGGAAUCACCAAAUCUGAUGAGGAUCUACUGACUUCACCAGUUUUGUCCCAUUUUCUUUUACUUUUAACCAGCGGAAAGAAUGUCGGAAAGGACCGAAGAUGACGUCAGGGGGGAGCAGCAGCAGCGCAGAGCGGCCAGGCAGCUCAAGCAGCAGCGGGGUGAAGCCUCCACAGCAAUGGCGACUGUGGCGGAGCGAAGAUCCCUGCCCAGUCCAGAAAUAAUGCUGGGACAGCCCUGGAGCAACUGGGUCGAUGCCGUGAAACUCUACGGGAGCGACGGUGCGGAAUUGGAAGAAAGUUUGAAAGAGUGCGGGAAAAACCGAGAAGCCAUGAGACUCUGCAGAGACGACAUGCCCAUAUUUGGCCAGUGUCCUGCACAGGAUGACUUCUACCUGGUCAUGUGCAGCCACUGUAGUCAUGUAGUCAAGCCCCAGGCCUUCCAAGCACACUACGAGAGAAGACACGGCUCCAGCAACAAGCCCCUGUCCAGCUACACCUCCUCGAAACCUGCAUUCUCUCGGAACAAGGACAGUGUCGGGGGCGCAGUCGGGAGCACAUUGCCACGCUCCUCUAAUGUCAUCGGCAGCAUCCAACCUAAAAUCAACCAACCAGCCAAAGACAAGCUUCUUCACCGGAAGUCUCACUUCCCCUCUAGGGUGCUACAAGAAGAGAGUUUGAUGCCUGCAGUCAAACCGGAGAAGGUCCAUCUGAAGGUGGAACCUUCAGCCAAACUCACCCACGUGCCCGCCUCUUCUUCCACUUCCUCCUCCUCUUCCUCCAAUACUGUGAGCACCUCUCCUCUCAAGUCAAGCCUUAACUUCUCCCCCGUACCAAAGGCUCCACAACUGGCCUCUGGCCAGAUCCCCAAUGGAAAGGGCCAUCUAUCGUCUUUAGACAAGAAACAGGACAACAGCAGUGCCAGUAACAAAAGACUCUGGUACAAGAGACAAGAACGAGAGUUUAAUCCAGAUAUCCAUUGUGGGGUUAUGGAUAUGAUAGCCCGAAAGCCAUGCACAAGAUCCUUAACAUGCAAGACACAUUCCAUAAGCCAGAGAAGGGCGGUGCCUGGCCGUCGGCAGCGAUUUGACACGCUGCUCGCUGAACACAAGAGCAAAGUGCGCGACAAGGAGCUGCAGUUCAGGUUGGACCACUCCCACCCAGCACCCCCUCUCAGGGACCCUCCUCCCUCCCGCCUCUCACAAGACACCAACCCGGUGUCCCACGGCAAUGGCACUGCUGAUGCCGCCAAGCCUUUGCCCCUCAGCAAACCUAAACCUCAUAGUUCUGGGCUUCCACGGCUGAACAGCACUAACUUACACAGUGGAGGAGACCCAGCCAUGACCCACGACCAGGCCCACCACUCUCACCCGCCACCCGCCGGUACCGAGGCCAGUCGCCUGUCCAGCGAUGAGGGAGAAAAUGAGGAGAGAGAGGAGGCUACAGAGAAACUGGACUGCCAUUAUUCAGGUUACCACCCACGGCCGGCUACUUACUGCACUUUUGGAAGUCGGUUGUUUGGUCGAGGCUGUUAUGCGUUUGACCGGCGAUGGGAUCAAGUUCGGUGUGCUCUCAACAGCAUGUUGGACAAACAUGUCAACUCACAAAUGUGGAAGAAAAUCCCUCUUGCGUUGGAAAACUCGUCCUCUCACCGGGCGAGCACAAACUCCCACUCUUCCUCCAUUUCCACUAGCUUUCACAGCCUGUCCUCGACGCCUCCCUAUGAUAGCAAACCGGUCCUAUCGUACGGCACCACCUUGAACGCCCGCUCCUCACCGCAGUCCUCCGCCACCGAGCAGUCUAGGCAAGUGUCGGCCUCGUCACCCCAGAUGCCUUCAGCCCACUCGUCCUCUCUACCUUCUUUGGGCUCCAACCGAUCCCCCAAAUCCAGAUCCAAGAACUUCAGGGCUAGAGAACCAUCAUCCAGCCUAAGCAACUCUAUCAUCAAGAGCAACGCUAACAUCAGUAACACAAGCAGUAGCCUCAGUUCAGGCAAGAAGCGAAAAAACAGCUCUGUGUUAGCCUCCCACAGCACUUACGCUUCUGAAUCAUCUUCUCCUUUUAAAAAGAACUGUGCGGUAAACUCCGGCAACCCGGGGAGCACGUACCACACCUCGCUCGCCUCCACCCCCUCAUCAUCAUCAUCCCACAGUGGGGUGUACAGCGUGGGGCUGAACUGCACCCCGGGUAGGGCUAAUUCUUUGAGUUUGAAACAGGAGUCGACAGGACGUGGGCCUCCAUCAGGCAGCCCCGCUGAGUCUAUCAAACGUAUGAGCGUGGUAAUGAACAGCAGCGACUCCACGCUCUCCCUCGGCCCGUUCGUUCAUCAGAGCAGCGAUCACCAUGCGGAUGCACGUCUAGAAGCCAAAAGGAGGAAGGGAUCGCCUGGCUCAAGUAGCCUCAAUAGCACAGUGUCUGUAGCGGGAGGCGGCGGCGCACAGGGUCCUGGAAGGCCCAAAAUGGCCAAAUCUCCAUCAAUCAACAACAUCCACAGCAAACACGCUCGCUCUAUGCCUGGACCCCCGGGACUCCCUAACAAUUCACUCAUACAUCAGCCAAAGGCUCGUCCCUGACACAGGUGUGGAGGCUCUGAGCGUGCUGAGCAGUAGGCUGGACCCAGAGCUCCCUCGGCCCCCUCACGCCACUCUGCAAGAGGCCUUCUUUUUCUCGUACUCUUCCCACAAUCCUCAGGGCGGAACGCACACUGGGUGGCCCAUUGAUGUCCUUCGCGGGGAUCUCCUCCCAAAGCCAUGCAGGGGCACUCUCCGGGGUUAGGAUAAUAAGCCAGAGAGAUGUAGAUGUCUCUUGAUGGAGGUUACAAUGAAUCUAUACAAUGCACCGUUUGGUACAAAUGCCUGAUGCGCAGAGCCCAGCCAAAGCAUCUGGGUCUGAGGUACAGAUUUGGGCUGGUACUUAGCCUCACUACCAGGCAUAUGAAUGAUGAACAGUCGGAACAAAUUUGGUUCUGCUCACGUCCUUUUGUAAUUUAGAUUGAGCGUGUGGACGUAUGAGAAGUUGAUGCUUGGAUACUGGAAACUCAAAUGUAGAGGAUGAACAGAAGAAAAUAUUGAGUACACAAUCAAUUAAAGUUCAACACAAUACAUGAUCUCUCAUUGGAAGUUUGAAUUAGGUGGUCAAGCUUUGUUGUGGGAGUUUCAGAAUGAGCAUCUUAACUCUAAAAUUAUGCAAACGUUUCUUUAGACUACUUUUCGUUUACAGGCAUAAGCAACCGGCAGAUGUAUAGCAAACAGAACAAAAUAGCAUUAGGGGUUUAUCGAAAUAUGUUUAAGUGCAUACCAAAAAUGAAGAAUUUCAAUCUAAAGCUUAGGUUUGGUAAAUAUGAAUUUUCAGAUUUCAAUCAAGGUCAUUUUUUAGAUUUGCUUGAGGUUUUUCAGACUUUGAGAUGUUUGAGAGCAGGUAAAUACUUUACUAUUAGGAUUUUUAUCCCCAGUAAAUAUCAACCCAGAAAUGAACUAAACUCGGGUGACCAUACUUGCCAUUUUUGCCGGACAUGUACUGCCUAGGAUUUUGGGUGCAUCCUCCAGAGGUAAAAUUUGACCACCGCAUGGGUCAUCGAGGUUGUUACAUUUCAGUUUAAAAAAAAUAAUAUUUGUGACCCUGGACCACAAAACCACUCUUAAGUAGCACAGGAAUAUAUGUGGCAAAAGCCAACAAAACAUUGUAUGGUUCAAAAUGUUUCUUUUAUGCCAAAAAUCAUUAGGAUAUUAAGAAAAGAUCAUGUUCAGCAAAUAUAUAUUGUAAAUGUAUCAAAAUUUAGUUUUUUUUGAGUGGAUGCAGCAAAAUGGCGAGCAAAAAUGUACAGAAACACACAUACAACCUCCUCUUGCUGCUGCCCGCUCAAGUUUGGUAUUUAUGUAAAGCUUAAAAUUUCACCUUUGGGUUCAUGGACUCUCCACAACGUCAUUACAGCAGUAAGCCAAUAGAGAGCGUUAAAAGAAACCUCUUUCUUCUUAGCAACAGCCUGCUACAGCACCUCUGAAAUAAGUUUUGAACAAUAUUUUGAUUUUAUGCACCCUCAGAUUACAGAGCUUUAAAAAGUUGUAUCUUUGUCAAAAUAUUGUCCGAUCCUUACAAACCAUACAUUUAUGGAAAGCUUAUUUAUUCAGCUUUCAGAUGGUGCAUAAAUCUAAUUUUUUUAGAAAAAUUGACACUGAUGACUGGUAAGGAGCUCAGUUAGUUCUCUUAAUACAGUGGUUCUAAACCGUUUCAUGGUCACGCCCCGCAGUAAACUCAUUUAAUAAUAUUAAUAUAUAUAACGGUCAACAGUUUUGAACAGCUGUCCAAGUUCAGAAAUAUAUGAAAAGGCACUUUAUUUACACGCCACUCCCUUCAUGCACAUUCUAAACUCAUUGGGAGAAAGAGCUUAUUCUUGUGCUUAUUCUGAAAUUACAGUCUGAAAGACAAACAUUCUUAUAUGUCCUAUCAGUUUCUUAUAAUGAUGUAGAGGUUAUUGCUGCUGCUUCCUUAGUGGACGUUUUACUACUUUGUAGAUAUUAAGAUUUUGUGUGCAGCCUAAAAUUGCACCGCGCAGGCCACUCACGCAUGCAGCUUCCAACUGAACAUUGGCCUCCCUCAAUUUGCAAUCUCGUUCCAACGUGCAUUCACGAUCGAGUUCCAAAGGUUGGGGCUUCGGGGAUCCGCCGCGACCCACCUGCAGUACCUCUGCAACCCCCUGGUUUAGAACCACUGGCUUAAGACAUAUAAUCUUCGUAGUUUCAUUCAUACCUUGAAACAUAACAGUUGCUUUUCUGAAAUGAAUCCUGAAAUAAUAAACCUCGAUGACAUAUACGGUGGACAUAUGCAACAUAUGCACCUGUAAUCCAGGCCUGGACGAGUCUGGGGAAAAAUGAAUGGCACGUAUGGUCAGCCGGACUAAAUACUCUGGAUUAGCAUUAAACACUUCAUUUUAUUAUUGUUGAAGAUUUUAGGAACAAUAUAAUGUUUGUAGCCUGGCAUGUCUUUAUUGAAGCUCCAUGAUUGAGGAAGCUGUGCUGAAACUCCAAGACUCGAGAAAACACUGUAACACUGUAAUCCUAAAACCGUGACUUGAUAAAAACAAGCUAAAAGCUUUCACCUUGGAAGAGCUCAUUAAGCGAGUCUCUCUGCACAAGCGUUCAGUCUAAGACCUUGAUUUAGUAAAACAUGCAAAUAAGCCGUCUGCUGGAACAAAACUGGAGAGGCGGCAGGUGACGUUUGACUUCCAAUUACUGAUUGUAGCACUGAAGAAGCUUUUGCUGAAUCCACGAUUGUAGGAGUUUCCCGGUGUUCCGUUUGAAAGGGGCUGGUGGCUACAAUUCAUGUUGAGCCAUAGACCAAUAUUACAGAGACACUUCUGUCAUCUCAGCAAUGGCAAUGGAAUAGACAUGACACUCAAUACUGUGAGACACAUACAUCCUGUAUUACAGGAAAUCAUUCGGUAUGUGCUGUACGGCCAUCUCAUUCUUACCACUACCAUGUACUUCGACUGAUGGAUGGGGUAUAUCUCUGUAGCGUGCAUUUCUCCUCCCACACCAAUUUGUGUUAUUUUAGACCCUUAGUAGUAGGUUAGUAGCUGGACAUUUUGCUAAUAAUCAUUGUUGGCUUUAAAAGGCAAUAGAUCUGGUUUUCGACUUGUUGGUCUUUGAGGAAAAGUAUUUGUUUGUACUAGAGCUGGAUUUUGUUGCGACUUCAAGUUAAAGUAAAACUCCUGUAAAAUCCCAAACUCCACUGAUGUCAGUCAGCAGUCAAUGCUGAGAGGUAGAGCAUGAGUUUUUUCUUUCUCUUUUUUUGUAAUUUUUCCUUUGGCUUUUUCGUACACACAAAAAAAAGGAACAAAUAUUGAAGUAUCCCUAUUUCAAAAUACAUAUUUUGUUAAAGAAUUGUACAUAUUGAGAUGUAUUUUUGCACAGGCAUUUUCUUAAACAAUUUUGGUAAAAUUUAAAUCAUUAUUAUUUAUUAAGUAAAUGGAAACAGUCUACGAAUAUUAGAAGUGGUUCACUGCCAAGCUGAUAAUGCAAUAUGCCUCUCUUGGAAACGUGCUGAGUUAAAUAAGACCGAUUGUUGCCACAAACGUGGGAAAUCAUCCACCGUAUGCAUUUUAUUUUCAGGUUCUGGAGCUUUUACGUGCUGCCUCCCUAUCUCAAGGCCAAUUUGAUCAUAGAGUGGCCUGUUCAUCUGUGCUAAACAUUUCUGGUUGUCUGACUUUACAAACUGGGCGAGGGAAUCGCCCGUACUGUGCAAAACUGCUUGCACCACUGUUGCCAAACAUUGUAAUUGGAUACACUGCUUUUGUUUCAACUCUGACAAAAAGAGAAAGUGCCUGAAUUAGUUUCUCAUCGACUGUUGUUUAUUAAGACAGUGCGUUUUUAUUUCAUGUAUUCUUUAACAGUACUUGAAUGUUAUAAAAAGGUUUAGAAAUGUGCUUUUUAAACCUGCUUAGGAAUCUCAUAUCUUGCUCUUUCCCCCUCGAGUAGAAGCCGUAAUUCUGAUACGGGCGAUCGAUGAAGCACACGGCCGGAUGAACUCAACAAUAUGAUGAACGCUUCCUGCCUGUAUUCUUAUAUGACUUUGACUACUCUUGAUAUUCGAGAUUUUCAAAGUCAGAGGGGGAUAUUUUUGUGAACAACACAUUGUGGCUCUAUAAAUCAGUGAUUUUAACCAUGUUUUAGGCAGAUAAAUGUACUGUUUACCUUGAAAUUGUAACUCCACUGUUUUCAUGAUGAAAGUGAACAUGUUUGAUCGAAACACCACAGGUUUGGAAUGUGAAUCGAGGAUAAAACAGUUUGCUUUUUGGGAAAGAAGCCUCUACAUUUAAACAUGUACAAGUGUGUAUAUUUUGAUUUUUUUUGUCUUUUUGUAUACAUAUUCAAAAUCAUUUGCUCAGCUGGACUUUUGUGUGUUGGCUGCUAUGUAAUUCAUGAACAAACCGUAGGGUAGAUUGACUUAAUAUUUAAAGAAAAAGAUUGUAUAGUAUAUUUGUUUUGUAACAAGUUUCUGUAAAUAUAAAAAUAAUUUAUACAGUUAUU